GCGAUCUGUCACACUCACGUUGCUACAAAGUGGUUACAGCAAGGGCUAGCACCAGCGGCCACUCGGCCCACCGGCUACCCCAUCCACUGGCCAAGGGCGACCCCCUCCCGUCCCGACAAUAUCCUGCUUGUAAUUCCAACAACUCAUCAUGUCUUUAAUCUGUGUCUUGCCCUUGUUCGUGUCAUCAGAGCGAAGGCUUAUCAAGAUGGUGCUGUGUCUCUGGGCACGACAAUGAAUGCGGCUAUUAGUCGCGGAUUGUAAAAGACGCCACACCAUGAGAUAACACCAGUUUAAACCUUCCCGCAUUCAAUGACAGCACCCACAAUUAUUUACAGCACAAAAAAUUAUCCUUUCGGCGGUUUUAUUACAGUGUCAUUAUUUUACCUUGGGAAAGUUCUUCAAGAUCCUUUGGAAAAUGCCACCCACCUGUACUUUGGUUUCCAUUAUAUUGUCAAUGAUGAUACAUGUGCAUGGUUAGCUGUUCGUGCCAGAGAUACUAUCAACCUCUCGUGGACUUCAGAUCGAACAAAUAGAUUGGUGGACUGGCCCAGGAUUAAUCACUAACUUCAGCCAUUAUUGGAGCUGUGUACAAUUUCUCCAUGAUCUAAAUGUAAAGAAGCUGCCAGCCCACACGCCCCGUCAACUGAAGUCAGCAAACAUGCACGCUGCCAUGGCUGAACCUCGAUUCAACAACCCCUACUUCUGGCCCCCGCCUCCCACCAUGACCAGCCAGUUGGACAACCUGAUGCUCAUCAACAAGAUCAAGGAGCAGUUAAUGGCAGAGAAGAUCCGUCCUCCACACAUGGCCGGCUCCAGUGUCCAGUCCCAGCAACAGUUGUUGCUGCCGUCCACGUCCCAGGGUGGCCCAACGCCACUGUCCAUGCUGAAACCGCAAGUGUCCGAUGGCCACGGCCAGAGCGGUCAGCCGGACAUCGCCCUUCACGCCCGCCCAGCCACCAGCUCUGUCACAGGUAUCUUGAACUGGCUCAGUUUGUCUUCGCCCACGUCCGCGUGUGACACCAUCAGUGUGACCACCCCCUCCCUGGGCAGCCAGGGCCGCAGCGAGGUCUCGUCGCCCAGCCUGAUCACCGGCCUGGCCAGCCACCACGCCAUGGAGCCCGCGCACUCCAGCAAGAACGGCCUGCCCAGCGCCCUGAAGAUCGAGCGCGGCAGGAAGAAGAUCAAAGGCGAGAACUGCAUCGGGCCGCCCGUCCUGGUGGUGCCCUAUCCCAUCCUCGCCUCCGGCAACGAGCCCGUCAAAGAUGGCAAAACCUACAGGUGUAAGAUCUGUCCCCUGACGUUUUUCUCCAAGUCGGAGAUGCAGAUCCAUUCCAAGUCACACACGGAGGCCAAGCCACACAAGUGCCCGCACUGCUCCAAGUCGUUUGCCAACGCCUCCUACCUGGCGCAACACCUGCGCAUACACCUGGGCGUCAAGCCCUACCACUGCUCCUACUGCGAGAAGUCCUUCCGCCAGCUCUCUCACCUGCAGCAGCACACCAGGAUCCACACUGGUGACAGACCGUACAAGUGCGCACACCCGGGCUGUGAGAAGGCUUUCACUCAGUUAUCCAACCUGCAGUCUCAUCAGCGACAGCACAACAAAGACAAGCCGUACAAGUGUCCGAACUGCUACCGUGCGUACUCUGACUCGGCCUCGCUGCAGAUCCACCUGUCCACACACACGGUCAAACACACUAAAGCCUACUGCUGCAGCAUGUGUGGACGCGCCUACACCUCAGAGACAUACCUCAUCAAACACAUGUCCAAGCACACGGCAGUGGAGCACGCCAUCGAUUCCCACUCACCGGCCAGGACGCAGUCGCCCAGUUGUCCCGUGCGCAUCUCACUAAUCUAACCCGAGCCCUGCCUGUGUUGGGACUUGAACAAGUGGACAAUGGCGGCCAGGUGCAUUGUACAACAAGACCAGCCAAGCAGCUUUUCCUUCCCAAGUUUGUGCUCUAGUGAUGUUUAUUCGGUUUCUGAGCAGCGGGCGUUGGCACCGGGAGCGGAGACCGCCAAAGACUACGUGCGUGCGCGCGCCCGCCAGCCAGCGCGGUGGCCAUGGAGCUGGACAACGGCAGCUGAGGCGCUGAGGUACCCAAGAGUCCGGUAACCCCACGGUAACGGCACGAUCGGCAACUCAAUACGCUGUGUCUAUGAGCACCAUCUUUACCAUCCAUUACUGAUACAUGGCAAGACCAAGGAGGACAAGACAAUUAAGAGAAUUGAAUAGAUAUAGAAUUACUAAACAGUAUCUCAUUCUGUUGUUCCGUGAUAGUGUGACAAUUCUAGUUUUCAAUUAUCAGUUAUUAGCUAAUAUGAAUUAUUAUACUAAAUGUAUGGUAAAUAUUCAUGUGUUUAGUUAAGUCUUAGCCCUACUUAUAUCUGGCACUAUAUACAGGCCUUGUUUAGUAUACACCCCAAUGUCCAGCCUCACUGAUGAAUGGGGAUAACAUGGACAACAUCAACAGCAGCCUCUGCUGCUGGGGACAGACAGGUGGCUGUGAAAGAGCAGGAAUAAACCUCUGACAUGACAUCUGUCUCAACUUUAGAGUUCCCAUGCAUGGCAGGCGUGCACAGAUCGCAGGCGCACUCCACCCAGUCUUGCUACCUCACUCCAGGGUCUCGCAUCUGAAAUGCUGGAGUUAAAGCAGAGGGGGGAGGACAUUGGUUUUCUGCGGCAGUGUUGGGCAGAUGUCUGAAGAAGGGUCCCGACCCGAAACGUCACCCAUUCCUUCUCUCCACCAGAGAUGCUGCCUGUCCCGCAGAGUUGCUCCAGCACUUACUUAUCUGUGAUGUACAUGCUAUGUCAUGGCAGUACCAUUCAUGUGUUCAAUUUGCGGGUUUUCUCAGCUGGGGUUUAUGUGAUAGGAGCAGAAUUAGGCCAUUCGGCCCAUCAAGUCUACUGCACCAUUCAAUCAUGGCUGAUCUAUCUCUCCCUCUCAACCCCAUUCUCCUGCCUUCUCCACAUAACCCCUGA